AUGGUGUCUCCAAAAGAUGAGAAACAAACAAGGAGAGUUGCAAGGUUCCUCAAGCCAUGUGCCCUGAAUUUUAACAAAGCAGUGGCACCUCCAAGCAACCCAUUGUUGUGUGAAGUCUUGUAUCACAAUCUUCAGCAAUGGCCCUCUAGGGUUCUCUUCAAAGGCUGGAAGAUGCCCCAGGCAAAAUGGGAUGAAUGGGUUAACAGGCUUGCAGGUGAGUGCUGUUCUAUUUGGAACCAGGCAGAUAUUUGUGAUGCUAUUUUGAGUUCUAGAUAUGAGAUUAGGUGUACCAACAAGAAUAUCCUACUUGGGUUAGUGGAGUUUUGGUCUUCAGAGACCAACACCUUUGUUUUCCAAUGUGGGGAAGCAACUUUUACCCUUGAAGAUAUGAUGGUUCUUGGUGGAUUUUCAGUCCUUGGGAGGCCUGUGACAAGGCCUGUUAUUGGGUUGUUGGUGGAAAUUGUGGAGGAGAUGGAGAAGAAGAGAGUAGAGAUUUCGAGGACCAAGGCGAAAAAAGCCUGCCAAUUUGUUUGGAUCAAGCAUUUCAUGGAGCUGCAAAAUGAGUACAAAUAUGAACAUGUAGCAUUUCUGUCAUUGUGGUUGGCAAGGUUUGUUUUUCCUUCUCUUCCUGAAGCUUGCAUAGGGAGGCAUGUUUUUCGCAUUGCAGCACAGUUGUCACAGGGGACGAGGCUUGCUCUUGCCCCUGCUGUCCUUUCAGGUCUUUACAAAGACCUAAGCUUGUUGAAGAAACAAGCACUUUCUUGUAGGGAGGAGAUUUCUGUUCCUGGUCCAUUUCAGCUUUUGCAGUUAUGGGCUUUGGAGAGGUUUCAACCCCUACUAAAGAAUUCCCCAAAUGCUCUGAAACCUGGGGAGACUCGGGCUGCCCGGUGGCACAGAUUACCUUCUGGAGCAAUUAGUCUUCCUCUUGUAAGAACUGUUCUUAAGUUGCAAGAGAAUUUUCAAUGGCGUCCUUAUGCUGCUGAUUUGAUCAAUUGGAGCCAUUCGUCGUAUUAUACGAAGAACAAACCGUCAUUUUUUCAUAGUGCUAAGCACUCAGAUGAGAAUUUACGAUCUUAUAUUAGAUGCUUGUGCACUUCUGAGUUGGUUGGAGUAGAGCCUUGUAAAGAGAAGUAUUUUCCAAACCGCGUGGCAAUGCAAUUUGGAAUGGAUCAAGACCUUCCUGGUGAAUUUUCAAAACUGUCCUUUGAGCCGAGUGUAUCGGCUAGGUACUUGCAUUGGUGGAAAAUAUCUAAGUCUGCUCGCGCAGAUACAAUCAAGAAACAUGUCAAAGUGGCAAUACAGAAGAUUGAAAAGUAUAAUGCCUCCAUCGCGGAGAGGAAUGUUCCGAUGCAUAAGGCAUCACCACAAACUUUGGAGAGGUCUAAACCUGAAGAGAGCCGCUCCUAUGUGAUUCCUGAGGUCCCCAGAAAAUCCAAUCAUACUGUACAGAGAAAGGCCUCAGCUACUCCUCAAUUUCCUAAGCAGGACAAGAAUGUGAAGAAACGGAAGUCGGCCACAACAACUGAAGGGCCUGCUAAGAAAAUAAAUGCUGGUGAUUUUGCUAAAAAUGUGGUGAAGAUUGCUAAGAAAGGGAGGAAGGGUAGUGAUAAUAAGGCAAGGAUAGAAGUUAGUGUACCUGUCAGGAUGGAGCACAAGCAUAAAAUUGAACCUAAAGUAUCAGGAAAAGAUGCUGCAAGAGAAGGGAAGAAAGCAAUGGCUAAAGGAUCUCUAAAAAACCGUAUGGGGGCUGAUGACCCUAAAAGAAUGCCUAAAGGGUUUCUCAAGAACCCGGUAGUGGUUGAUGACCGUAUGGUGAAUGCUACAAAUCAAACUCAUGGAAUUGGAUUACUAAUGAGGGUUCAGAAUAUUGAGAAAAUUUUGGGGGUAAAAACUUGA